AUGUACUUUAUUAGAACAACUAUAUAUGCCGUCGAUUUAUUUGUAUAUUUUUCAGUUCAACUUCCAUCGACGACAAUUUCUACAACUUCUGCCACAACCGAGACAACAACACAAGGUAAACAUAUUUAUAAGUAAUAAUGCGAUGGCGAAUACAAUCAUCAAGGAUUUAUAGUACGAAUGACGUUUGAAAAUUUGCCAAAAUUUGCUAGAGCAGCUCGGGCGCCAUUUGCAUGCAAUACUGAGUAGAACAAUUUUGGCUCUUCAAAGAUUAUACUGGCCCAAGAGAAAUGACUGCCGGUCACAAUUUUUUCUAUAAUUUCUGUUUUCCACUUUCUAUUUUAAAUCAUCCUAUCGCACUCACGGCCAAAACAUUUACACUAUAUAUGCCCAGGCCUGCUUUUGAGUUGAACACCAUAUUUCUACGUAUAGAACUGUGUUAAUUCAUAACGACCAAGCUUUACCAAAAAAUAGAUUUCACGUAUCAAAUCCACUAUAUAUAUUAAUAUCUUUAAUAUUUUGAUCUCAUAUGCGCCGCUUAAUCAAGGGCGGCGCGUAAGCGAGCAAAUACGGUAUCGUUCUAUAUGUAUACUUUCUUACUUUAGCUCACAGUUUAGCUCAACCAAAGAAUUGUCCACAUAUCAAAAAAAUUAAGAAAGGAUUUGUGAAUGGAUCUGGCGUGAUUCCUGGCUCCAAGAGAACGUUUUCGUGUUAUAACCACUGGAAAUUAUCAGGAUCAAGUGAGACAACGUGUUUAAACAAUGGACAAUGGAGUAAACCUCUGCCAACAUGUAAAUUGAAAGGUAAGAAUCUUAAAUUAAUUUUAACAAAAUUUUUAAUCAAAUAGGUUGCAGCUAAGGUUUAGCUUUCCUCGCGAGAGCCAGUGGUAACCAAAACACGGCUUGACAUGUACUCUUUUUUACUGUUGAUAUAUAUUUUUAUUAUCGGAGAUUCGUUCGAACCGAGAAGUAAUGAUGUUCAACAAUCUCCCAAACGAACUAACAAGAAGCGACAUGACAAUUAGCCGACCAGAUCUUGCCGCCAUUUUUGGAUAGCAAACAGGAAGCAACAAGCAAGGGAGAACGUAAAUACUAUUCACUUUACUCUGUCGCGCGUUUUCCAGCAAAAAAUGGCUGGCAAGGCCUGGUCGCAUGGCGUGAGAAAGGCUAAUUGGUGAUAAAACAUAAAUGAAUCCAAUUCAAUAUUUCUGAAUAAAAACUAAAAUGUUCCAAAAUUGCAGAGCUAAUUUUAUGUUGCCUUCAUGUGCCGAACUCAAUUGACGAAUUAGGUACGGCAGAAGAGCGACGUAUGAAUCAAUUAAGUACGGCAGAAUUUGGACAAAAGUUCGACACAAGUUUGGCAGAGCUGGUCGCAUCAUGCGACGUUGCAGCGACGUUAGGUUUCGCUGGCAAAUGCGCCCCAACCUUGUCAAUAACAUUGCAUUUGGUACGCCGUUUGAAUCACUGCCGUUCUUCUGUCGCUCCAAUGUCGCAUCUAAUACAAUUAAGUUCGGCAAAUGAAGAGUAAGCCGUCUGAAACAGGCCUUACGUAAUUCUAUAUUUGGAAGUUGAACAUCAAACCCAAUUUCUUAUUAUAUGAUUUGUAUGUUAUCACAUGAUAUUAUCACACUAUAUGCAGUUACUUUUUGACAUUGCAAUAUUUCGACUUCGAAAUUGAUUGUCAUAAUUUCUGAACAUUGGGCUACUGACAUUUUUAGCCUCUUAUAAGGUUAUUUUUGGAAGCAAUAAUAAUUACUGUUCAAAUACAAAUAGAUUAAUGUUGUCGUUGUUUUCUUUCGUAGAAAUGUUUGAACGAAGUGUUUUGGCGUAAUGCAAGGCAUGUUGCAUGUAAAAUCGACUAUUAUUUGAACUUUUGUUUAAUCCAGGUCCUGUGAUAAACUGCAAAGCUUUGGGAAAAAUCGAAGGAGGAUAUGCAACCAAGAACUAUUCAUUUCACGGAGGGAAAGUUGUGUUUAAGUGCAAUGCCAACUACGUAAUGGUCGGUAAACCAGCGGUACUAUGUAAAAGUGGCAAAUGGAUAAGAAAUCCUCCGAAAUGUUACGGUACGUAGGCCGAUUGGCGCAGUGGUGUAGUGUUGCGGGGGGGGGGUCGUGCUCGGGGCCCUUGUUAGAAUUCCCUUUCAGUUUGGUGUGCUAAGCCUCCCUUAUGAUUUUUAACAAGACUGAAAUAGUCUUUUAGUCUUAAUAUAACAAAUUUUUACUACUUUAAUAUAAGAUUUGGAAUCAUUUUACAAGUAGAAUACAGCUAAACCAAAGGUUGUGGGUUCGAUCCCACCUCGGUGAAGUAAACUUUUCAGCUCGCCCGGUGUGGACACACUCAGAGCAACAUCACAAACAUAUACUGUUCCAAUUUAUUUCUAUUCGAUUUGUAGAGUCACACCGGUAAAGCUAUUUUUCCUUAUGUCCAGGAUGGCAUUCCGACUAAUGAACCCAUAGUGAUUGUAUUUUCUUGCUUUAUUCAACAUGAUAAAAAACAUUGCUUAAAAUGCAGAAAAUCGGUUUUUGGAGACCAUAGAAUAAAACAAUUCUGGUGGUUUAUGCCACAAGGCCUCCCUAUAUAAGCCCCUCUUUUUAAAAUUUUACGUACGACUGCACCAUUUGAAUUGGCGGGUUUCGAGCAUUAUUCAAUACUUGUAUUAAAAGUGGCUUUCUGAAUGGUUACGAGCAGGUGAACCUUUUCGAAUUCACCUGCAUGCCUUUCGCCGAACUCGCUCACGCUGGCGUCAGCAACGUGAAAUAAAACUAGCUUUCACAAGCAAAUUAAGAAACCACAAGACAAAACGAGAAAGACACGAGGAGAACUUGACCAUUUUGUGGUCAUAAUGUUGUUUGCCGAAGCGUGUCCGCCCCAACAAGAGGACCGAUUUUUUUCAUGUAUAAACAUAGGCUAGCCUUUCAUGUAGGGCCCAUUUAAACACCCUAAUAAUAUCAACUGUAAUACGUGCUCUGUUUAAUUUCUAGCACCGUGUAAACGUCUUGCUCCACCACAGAAUGGGUUGAUAAGCACACAAUCUGGCGUCAAACACAAAGACGUGAUAGUGUUUGACUGUGAUCAUGGUUACACACUACAGGGAACCGCUUUCUUGCAAUGCAAGGACGGAUCUUGGAACAGAUCUCCGCCCAUUUGUCAGAAAUAAUUUUAUGUACACGAAAGAUUGAUGCAAGAUAAUUUCGAAAGACAGGAAUAUAAACAUUGUAAUCUGUAGAUUAGUUUUAUGGCUGGAUAUUACAAGGAUCCAUUUCCGGCCAACAACUUUAAGAAUAGAUAACACUGUUGUGUUUAACUCCACAUUUAUUGGCAUAUUGAUAUUGUGAAUAAACGUUUUCCAAGAUAGCAUCACGACCUGGUUGCAGGUCUUUAUAUAUAUUGGGCUUUUGGGCAAUACACAUUUUCUAAAUUUGUUGAAAUAUGGUUGAAAAUUCCGUUAAAAUAUCAAGAACAACUCACGAUUGGAUUGGAUUAGAGACUUUAUUUCAAGCGGACCGAUAACACUUGAUAUCAAUAAAACUGAUAAACCUACAUACAUACACACAUACACAAAUGUAUUAACUCGUCCCCAAUGGGGCUUGAUAAUUAACAAAUAAUAUUAAUUCUAAGUUCUAAAGUCGCUAGAAAAUUUAACUGACCUAUUUUACAUCAAUGACUAUAAUUAGUGAGAAACUCAUGCAACAUUUGUUUCUUAAUUAAGACAACGUUUAUCCUGAAGUAGAAGUAGAAUUGUUUAACGAAUUGAAUUCCAGAAACUAACAGCCUGAUAAUUAAAUGUCCGUUGCCCAGUCUUAAUUUUAAUAAAAGUGGCACUGGCGAUCGGAAUUUUUAUUUUCUUAAACGAAAAUGCUCUUAAAACUGUAUAAUAACUUGUUUUGAAGACUUUUGUUCCCAUGCUUAUUUCUUGAGAUAUUUCAUUUUAAUAUAAUAGUUUUGUUUGUGGAAACACCACGUAAAUUUAUUACUGCAAAUCUUUCGAUUCGUAAGCCCGAAUGUAUGUAAUUCAUUUUGUUUGUAACCAUGUGACGUCAUUUACUCAAUUACACAUAUAAUGAGAUAUCAGUAAUUGUUGUGUAUCUUUGCUAUUUUUGAUCGAUUUGUUAAAAAUAAACAGUAUGCUUAUAAUGAUGUAGGCUAAAUUAACAAACGCGCCGCAUCUUUCGAAAGAUUUUGAUAAAAAUAGCAAAGAUACACAACAAUUACUGAUAUCUCAUUAUAUAUGUAAUUGAGUAAAUGACGUCACAUGGUUACAAACAAAAUGAAAUAUCUCAAGAACUAAGCAUGGGAACAAAAAUCUUGAAAACAAGUUACUAUACAGUUUUAAGAGCAUUUUCGUUUAAGGAAAUAAAAUUUUUUAUCACAGUGCCUCUUUAAACUGAAGAAAUGUUAAAAUCACGAGAAUUUUUAGUGCAUGGAUCGCUUAUAAACCUGUGGCCCGUACGUGAUUGAAAUUUUCCUCUGUUUUCUGCUUUAUUACACCAAACUUGAUUUCGCUAUACACCAAACUUGAUUGAUUUUAUUCGGAGCAUGUUUUGUUUUAGAAUUAAAAAGUUUUUGGCCGUUUUUAAAAUACAAAUUUAGGGCAUGCCUUGCCUGUGCAGGUUUUCUUCACCGAUUGCCUGACCCUAAUUAAACUUAACGUGUUUAUGCAGCGAAAGUUCACAUCGUUUUUUGAUGAUUACAUUGUAGAGAAAAUCAAAAUGACUAUAUAAGAUGCUUUGCCAAACUAUCUUAGCUUGUUUUUUCUUGAGCCUAUAUUUAACAAUGUUUGAUGCAAAUUAUCCUCACUAUGAGUAUGACGUCAAAUUGCACAAUGGCUAAUUUCUGAAAAAAACUUUUAUAACUCUUUUAGACAAAUGAUUCAGUUUUUGUCGACAUGCAAUGGAAAGCGACGGCUGUACUACAGAAUACCGCAAAAAUUUACAUGUUCCAUAUCUUUUGUCUAACGUAUAUAACAUGGUUCCUUAAUAUUUUUUAGUAUAGUCUAUCGAUAUAUUUUUUCCUUCCUGGGGAUUUUGGGGCAAGAUUUCAUUAUUAGACUUAAUUAUUUUUUUUUUAAAUGAAUAUUCUGUGGAAAACUGAAUCCAAUGUACCACAGAAUACCAGUGCGGAGGUAAGUAAGCAACAGUUUAUCAAAUUGUACCAGAAUUUGGCGUGUCAUGUUGCAUGAUAAUACUGUGGGAUAUUGCUAACUUAAUUUAGUGAAAGUUAAAUUAAACACUAAAAUCAGUACAGAAUACCAGUGGUAUAACCAAAGAAUACCAGGUUUAUCAAUAAUUUUGAAAAAUUCAGUUUUUCAAUGGUAAAAUUGAUUACGCUGUGUGAUUCCAGUGUAGUAAUAAUGCUGUGUUGCAUAGAAAAAGUAUUGAUCAGCAUUAAUUAUGCUGGUUUGCAAACUUAUUUUUAAACAUUCGGAUUUUACAGGCAUUAUGCGGAAAAAAAGUACCGAAAAUAUAGAAUGUUACUUCUUGUUAAUCCUGCAUGAUUAUUUUUAAGAAAUUUUAUGAAAAUAUACAUUUUUUGUUUUUAUACUGAUUAAGACUAAAACUAAUAUAUAAUCACAAAAAUAAAGUUUAUAGCAUAUUUCCUUCAAAUUUUAUAUAAGAAAUAAAUCAGACUGGUAUUCUGUGGUACCGUGGUAUUCUGUGGUACAUACACCUGUAUGUGAAUAAUUUAGUCAUUGUCCUCGCUCUAUUUACAACGACAAAUCACAGAUUUUCACGUCUUGAUACAACGGCUGCAUUUCAAGCCGCAACAAGUGCAACUUCAAACUGGGUUUAGUAGAACUCUUCCCAACUGGGUUUAGCAGAACUCUUCCCAACCAUAAAAUCCAUGUCUUCAACUUCUAAGACCUUAUUAAGUUCAUUCGUUUUAUAAUAUACAACGAAUUAUCUUUACUAUACCAUUUAUUUGAAGGAGUUUGUUUUGGCCGUCGUCGUCGCGUUGCCGUCCUAAAAUCGCAAGGUCUCUAUUAUACAAUAUGACAUCAUUGUGAUGAUAAUUUGCGUGCGCAUAUCAAAAAUUGUUAAAUAUCUCAAGAACGAAGUAAGCUAAGCAUAGUUUGGCAUAGCAUCUUUUACAGUCAUUUUGAAUUUUCUUUGCAACCCAAAUACCCAAUAAUAAAAAUUUAGUGUGAAAUUUCGUUGCAUAAACACUGUAAUAAGCCAAUCAGCAGGCGUGCAAUGUUAGCAAGGCUUUUGAAUCAUUGUUCUUGGAAUUUGCGAUUUUCAAGCUGUUAUUUCGAGCUUGUUGCUCUCCAGAAAAUGACUGUAGGUACACUGUAGGUGAAGUUUAAACUUAGUAAAUAUGGAGAAUUAAAAUAUAAUCAGCUAAAGUCUUCCAUAGAAGAUUGUUCAUUUAGCUCUAUGCCCUCUAUCAUGAUGUUUAUGAUCGCAGCAGUGCGAAACUUUGACGGAAUACGUAGACAGAUUGAAUUACGCGUUCCUGUUUCAGCGCGAUAAAUCACACAACAAUAUCAAAUGUUGUUGAACUAUCCGAAGAUUUCGAGGUAAUUCUUCAUUUCACUAUAUAAUAUCAUGG